AUGGUCUGUCCUCCCUUGCAUUGUUCAUCUGCUUCAUCAACCCCUAUUGAACAAACCCCCUCCCCUCCCCCUACCCCAGGAGCCAAUGGCUGCCAGAGGAGGCUGAUAGGCCGGCCAGCCCAGCACUCACAGUCUGGAGAUUUUGCACACAAUUCACUCUUAGUUAAAAGUGGUUCUGCAAACCUGGGAGUCUCAGCUAAUGAUCAGCCGCUGGGACUGCAGAACCAUUUGAGACUGAGAACGCCACCUCCACCGUUGUCUCACACUGCAAACCCUCACCAUGCAGCUUCCAUCAACUCCCUGAACAGGGGUAACUUCACCCCACGUAGUAACCCCAGCCCCGCUCCCACGGAUCACUCACUAUCAGGAGAGCCACCGGGCAGUGCCCAGGAGGCUAUCCAUGGUCAAGACAACUGGCUUCUCAACAGCAACAUCCCCUUGGAGACCAGAAAUAUAGCAAAGCAGACAUACCUAGAGACAUUGCAGGACAACUUCAUUGAGAUGGACAUCCUCCCCACCUCCCGACAUGACGGUGCUUACAAUGAUGGGCAUUUUCUGUUUAAGCCAGGAGGUACAUCUCCCUUGUUUUGUACAACCUCACCAGGCUAUCCUCUGACCUCCAGCACUGUGUAUUCCCCACCACCCCGGCCUCUUCCUCGAAGCACUUUUUCCAGACCUGCCUUUAACCUGCAGAAGCCGUCCAAAUACUGCAAUUGGAAAUGUGCCGCUUUAAGUGCUAUCAUUAUUUCUGUCACACUGGUGAUCCUCCUGGCCUAUUUUGUUGCCAUGCACCUUCUUGGCCUAAACUGGCACCUACAGCCGACGGAAGGGCAGAUAUAUGAGAUUACGGAAGACAAAGCCAGCAGUUGGCCUAGGCCAACAGACGUCACCUUGUAUCCCUCAGGAGGGACAAGGUUAGAAUUACCAGAAAGGAAAGGCAAAGCGCCCAGUGAAGGAAAACCCAGCAACUUCUUUCCUGAUGACAGUUUUAUUGACUCCGGAGAACUGGAUGUAGGUCGGAGAGCAACACAGAAGAUCCCUCCUGGCAUAUUUUGGAGAUCCCAGGUUUUCAUAGACCACCCAGUUCACCUCAAGUUCAAUGUGUCUUUGGGAAAGGCAGCACUGGUCGGUAUUUAUGGAAGAAGAGGACUCCCACCAUCACACACACAGUUUGAUUUUGUAGAACUUUUGGAUGGACGACGUCUGUUAUCACAAGAGGCCAGAAACUUGGAAGGUCCCCAGAGGCUACACAGGGGAGUAGUUCCUCUAACAAGUCAUGAGACUGGAUUCAUCCAGUAUUUGGACUCUGGCAUCUGGCACCUGGCAUUUUAUAAUGAUGGCAAAGAGUCAGAAGUGGUUUCUUUCCUCACAACUACUAUUGAAUCCGUGGAUGACUGUCCCAGUAAUUGCUAUGGAAAUGGAGAAUGUGUGGCUGGAAACUGUCACUGCUUCCUAGGCUAUCUUGGACCAGACUGUGGAAGAGCAUCCUGCCCUGUGUUGUGCAGUGGUAACGGACAGUACAUGAAGGGGAGAUGUCUCUGCCACAGCGGCUGGAAAGGUGGUGAAUGUGAUGUCCCCACAAGCCAGUGCAUUGACAUAACCUGCAGCAACCAUGGCACCUGCAUCAGUGGAACCUGCAUCUGCAAUCCAGGGUACAAAGGAGAGAACUGUGAAGAAGUGGACUGUAUGGAUCCUACAUGUUCCGGGCGGGGUGUAUGUGUCCAAGGCGUGUGCCACUGCGCCGUCGGCUGGGGUGGGACAAGCUGCGAGAACCCCCGCUCUACCUGUUUGAAUCAAUGCUCUGGACAUGGAACCUUUCAAGCCGAAACUGGGGUCUGCACCUGCGAUCCCAACUGGACAGGUCACGACUGCUCAAUAGAAAUCUGUGCAUCCGAUUGCGGCGGCCACGGUAUGUGCAUCGGAGGCAGCUGCCGCUGUGACGAGGGCUGGAUGGGUGCAGCUUGUGAUCAGAGGGCCUGUCACCCGCGCUGCAACGAGCACGGCACCUGUCGAGAUGGGAAGUGUGAAUGCAGCCCCGGCUGGAACGGAGAGCACUGCACCAUUGAGGGAUGCCCCGGUUUGUGUAACGGUAACGGCCGCUGUACGCUGGACAUGAACGGCUGGAACUGCGUGUGUAAGCCGGGAUGGAGAGGGUCUGGAUGUGACACGUCUAUGGAGACCGCCUGCAGCGAUGUCAAGGAUAACGAUGCCGACGGGUUGACGGAUUGCUUGGACCCCGACUGCUGCCUGCAACAGAUCUGUCAGACAAAUGCAUUGUGCCUGGGCUCGCCGGACCCUCUGGAUAUAAUCCAGGAAACACAAGUCCCCGUGUCCCACCAAAACCUUCAGUCCUUCUAUCACCGCAUAAAAUUUUUGAUCGGCCGGGGCAGCACGCAUUUCAUUCCGGGAGAGAAUCCGUUUGAUGGCGGACAUGUCUGUGUGAUACGUGGUCAGGUGGUUACCUCAGAUGGGACCCCUCUAGUUGGGGUGAACGUCAGCUUCGUCAAUGCACCUCUUCUAGGUUACACCAUCAGCAGACAAGAUGGCAGCUUUGACCUGGUAACCAACGGUGGCAUCUCCAUCACCCUACGUUUUGAGCGGGCGCCGUUUAUCACGCAGGAGCACACGCUCUGGUUGCCCUGGGACCGCUUUUUCGUCAUGGAGACCAUCACAAUGAGGCUCGAGGAGAACGAGAUUGCUAGCUGUGACCUGAGCAGCUUCACCCGUCCGAAUCCGGUUCUCUCUCCGGCUCCACUAACCGCUUUUGCCAGCUCGUGCUCGGAGAAGGGACCUAUCGUACCCGAAAUACAGGCCUUACAAGAAGAAAUUAAAAUCUACGGGACCAAAAUCAAACUCAACUACCUGAGCACGCGGAACGCAGGUUACAAGUCCGUCCUGAGGAUCAGCCUGACGCACUCCACCAUCCCUUUCAACCUGAUGAAAGUCCACCUCAUGGUCGCCGUCGAGGGGCGUCUCUUCAGAAAAUGGUUCGCGGCCGCCCCGGACCUCUCCUACUUUUUCAUCUGGGACAAGACGGACGUGUACAGUCAGAAGAUCUACGGGUUGUCCGAGGCUUUUGUGUCUGUAGGAUACGAGUAUGAAUCCUGCCCCGACCUCAUUCUAUGGGAGAAGCGGACCGCCAUAUUACAGGGUUAUGAAAUCGAGGCGUCCAAGCUGGGGGGAUGGUCUCUGGACAAACAUCACGCGCUCAACAUACAAACCGGAAUUCUGCACAAAGGCAACGGCGAGAACCAGUUCAUUUCCCAGCAGCCGCCCGUGAUCGGUAGCACUAUGGGCAACGGGCGCCGCCGAAGCAUCUCCUGCCCCAGCUGUAACGGUUUAGCGGACGGUAACAAACUCCUGGCACCGGUCGCCCUAACUUGUGGCCCAGGCGGAAGCCUUUACGUUGGAGACUUCAACUACAUCCGAAGAAUCUUCCCUUCUGGCAACGUCACCAGCAUCCUGGAGCUGAGCCACAGCCCAGCUCAUAAAUAUUACUUGGCUACAGACCCAGUCACCGGCGCCAUCCUUCUGUCCGAUACCAACAGCCGACGUGUCUACAAGAUAAAGUCAACAACAGUUGUGACUGAAGUUGUGAAGAAUUCAGAAGUGGUGGCAGGAACUGGAGACCAGUGUCUACCCUUCGAUGACACGCGUUGUGGAGAUGGUGGCAAAGCCAUAGAAGCUUCUCUUAACAACCCUAGAGGCAUCACUGUGGACAAAUACGGCCUCAUCUACUUUGUUGAUGGCACCAUGAUACGACGCAUCGAUCAAAACGGCAUCAUCUCCACUCUUCUUGGUUCCAACGACUUAACCUCGGCCUGGCCCUUGAGCUGUGACUCCAUUAUGGAUAUUUCACAGGUUCGUCUUGAAUGGCCGACUGACUUAGCCGUGAACCCAAUGGAUAACUCACUCUACGUCCUCGACAACAAUGUGGUGUUGCAAAUCUCUGAGAACCAUCAGGUGCGCAUCGUGGCAGGAAGACCGAUGCAUUGCCAGGUUCCUGGCAUUGACCACUUCCUCCUCAGCAAGGUAGCCGUUCAUGCCACCCUGGAGGCCGCCACAGCCUUAGCCGUAUCGCAUAAUGGGAUUUUGUACAUUGCCGAAACUGACGACAAGAAGAUCAACAGGAUUCGGCAGGUCACUACCAAUGGUGAGAUCUCCUUGGUUGCUGGAGCUCCAAGCGGUUGUGAUUGUAAGAAUGAUGCCAGCUGUGAAUGCUUCUCAGGAGAUGAUGGCUAUGCCAAAGAUGCAAAGUUGAACUCGCCGUCUUCUCUCGCCGUGUGUGCCGAUGGGGACUUGUAUGUGGCCGAUCUCGGAAAUAUACGGAUACGUUUCAUCCGUACCAAUAAACCCUUCCUCAACAGUCAGAACAUGUAUGAAGUGUCCUCUCCCAUUGACCAGGAGUUGUACUUAUUCGACACAACUGGCCGACACCUCUACACUCAGAGCCUGACCACUGGAGAUUAUCUCUACAACUUUACCUACACUGGGGAUGGAGAUAUUACCCUCAUCACAGAUAACAAUGGGAAUACCCUCAACAUAAGGCGGGAUUCCACUGGCAUGCCGCUCUGGUUGGUGGUACCUGAUGGACAAGUCUUCUGGUUGACCAUUGGCACCAACAGUGCUCUUAAGAGUGUGUCCGAACAGGGGAAUGAGCUGGCCAUGAUGACGUACCAUGGGAAUUCUGGUCUUCUAGCCACCAAAAGCAAUGAGAACGGCUGGACAACAUUCUACGAGUAUGACAGUUUCGGCCGCCUGACCAAUGUCACGUUCCCCACGGGGCAGGUGAGCAGCUUCCGCAGCGACACAGACAGCUCGGUCCACGUCCAGGUGGAGAAGUCAAAUAAAGAGGAUGUGACCAUAACGACCAACCUGUCUGCGUCUGGAGCUUUCUACACGCUGCUGCAAGAUCAAGUGAGGAACAGUUAUUACAUCGGGGCCGACGGGUCCCUAAGGCUCAUUCUAGCCAAUGGUAUGGAAGUCUCCCUUCAGACAGAACCUCACCUUCUCGCUGGUACAGUGAACCCCACCGUCAGCAAACGCAACGUGACCCUGCCUAUAGACAAUGGCCUCAAUCUGGUAGAGUGGAGACAGCGCAAGGAGCAGGCACGGGGGCAGGUCACCGUUUUUGGACUCCGUCUGAGGGUACACAAUAGAAAUCUGCUGUCUUUGGAUUUCGAUCGCGUCACAAGGACCGAGAAGAUCAAUGAUGACCACCGGAAGUUCACCCUGAGGAUCCUAUACGACCACGCCGGUAGACCCAGCCUCUGGUCUCCAUCCAAUGGCCUAAGUGGAGUAAAUGUGACUUAUUCUGCUGGAGGUCAUGUAGCAGGAAUUCAGAGAGGAACUAUGUCCGAACGAAUGGAGUAUGACCAAGCUGGAAGAAUCACAUCCAGGACCUUUGCUGAUGGGAAGUCAUGGACCUAUACUUACCUUGAGAAGUCCAUGGUGUUGCUACUUCAUAGCCAGAGACAGUACAUCUUUGAAUUCGACAAAAACAACCGCCUAUCUUCUGUCACUAUGCCAAAUGUGGCUCGACAAACCUUGGAGACCAUCCGCUCUAUAGGAUACUAUCGAAAUAUUUACCGACCUCCUGAGGGCAAUGCCUCCGUUAUCCAGGACUUUUCUGAGGAAGGACACAUGUUGCAAACUCUUUACAUGGGUACAGGAAGACGUAUAAUUUACAAAUAUGGCAAACUGUCAAAACUUGCCGAGAUCUUGUACGACACUACCAAGAUAGCGUUCAUGUAUGAUGAUACUGCUGGCAUGUUGAAGACGGUCAACUUGCAAAAUGAUGGAUUUACAUGCACAAUUCGUUUCCGGCAGAUUGGGCCUCUGAUUGAUCGUCAGAUUUUCCGAUUUACCGAGGAAGGAAUGGUCAAUGCCAGAUUUGAUUAUAACUAUGACAACAGUUUUCGGGUGACCAGUAUGCAGGCCGUCAUCAACGAGACACCACUGCCCAUUGACUUGUACAGGUAUGAUGAUGUAUCCGGCAAAACGGAGCAAUUCGGCAAAUUUGGAGUUAUUUAUUAUAAUAUCAACCAGAUCAUCACCACGGCGGUCAUGACCCAUAAAAAACAGUUUGACACCUACGGGCGAGUACGGGAAUUGCAGUAUGAAAUAUUCAGAUCUAUGAUGUUUUGGAUGAUGUUGCAAUAUGACAACAUGGGUCGAGUGGUGAAAAAGGAGCUGAAGGUCGGACCCUAUGCAAACUCCACGAGAUACACCUAUGAAUAUGACAGCGAUGGGCAGUUACAGACAGUCUUUGUCAAUGACAAACAGCAAUGGAGAUACAAUUAUGACCUGAACGGAAAUUUGCAUUUGUUAAAUCCAGGAAACAGCAUCCGCCUUAUGCCGCUCAGAUAUGAUUUGAGGGACCGGAUAACUAGACUGGGAGAUGUUCAGUAUCGGUUGGAUGAAGACGGCUUCCUCAAGCAGAGAGGGAGCGAUAUGUUCGAAUACAGCUCUGCCGGUCUUCUUGUGAAGGCUUAUAAUAAAAUCAGCGGGUGGAGCAUUAAGUAUCGAUAUGAUGGUCUUGGAAGGAGAAUUUCCCGAAAGACCAACAAUGGUCAACAUUUACAGUUCUUCUAUGCUGACCUUGCUAACCCUACUAGGAUCACACAUUUCUACAACCAUUCUAGCUCUGAGAUAGCCUCUCUUUAUUACGACCUACAAGGCCAUCUCUUUGCCAUGGAACUAAGCAGUGGGGAUGAGUUUUACAUUGCCUGUGACAACAUUGGUACUCCCAUGGCGGUCUUCACUGGUUCUGGACUUAUGAUCAAACAAAUUCUUUACACUGCCUACGGUGAAAUCUACCUGGACUCAAACCCUAACUUUCAGCUUAUUAUAGGCUACCAUGGUGGACUCUUUGACCCUCUCACUAAGCUCAUCCACAUGGGUCGUCGGGAGUAUGAUGUGCUAGCUGGUCGAUGGACCAGUCCUGACCAUGAUGUUUGGAAGCAGCUUAGCACCACCAACAUAAUGCCCUUCAACCUGUACAUGUUUAAAAACAAUAACCCUGUGAGCCGAUCCCAGGAUACAAAGUGCUAUAUGACCGAUGUCAACAGUUGGCUGCUCACUUUCGGUUUUCAGCUGCACAACGUGAUCCCCGGUUACCCCCGGCCGGACAUUGAUGCCAUGGAGCCAUCUUAUGAACUGGUGAAUACUCAGAUGAAGACCCAGGAGUGGGAUAACAGCAAGUCAAUCCUCGGCGUGCAAUGCGAGGUUCAGAAGCAGCUGCAAGCAUUCGUCACCUUGGAACGGUUCGACCCUGUCUACAGCUCCCCCAUUGCCGGCUGUCGCUUAGAAAAAAGCAAUAAGAAAUUCGCCACUCUGGGCACAAUCUUUGGAAAAGGGGUGAAAUUUGCACUGAGAGAUGGCCGCAUCACCACCGACAUCAUUAGCGUUGCCAAUGAGGAUGGGAGACGUGUUGCCGCCAUUUUGAACAACGCUCAGUAUUUGGAGAACCUACAUUUCACCAUUGAUGGUGUUGACACUCAUUACUUUAUCAAGCAAGGACCCCCAGAAAGUGACCUAACUGUUUUAGGGCUCAGCGGUGGCAGGAGAACCUUAGAGAAUGGGAUCAACGUAACCGUAUCUCAGAUCAACACUAUUCUGGGUACGAGGACUAGACGAUAUACGGAUAUCCAGCUACAAUACGGCACCCUGUGCCUCAACACUCGUUAUGGGACCACCCUAGACGAGGAGAAAGUUCGUGUCCUGGACCUGGCCAGACAAAAGGCAGUGUCUCAGGCAUGGUUCAAAGAGCAGCAGAGACUUCGAGAUGGUGAGGAGGGUCUCCGAGCAUGGACAGAAGGAGAAAAACAACAAUUACUGAGCAUGGGUCGGGUUCAGGGCUACGAUGGUUAUUACGUUAUUUCUGUGGAGCAAUAUCCGGAACUCUCAGACAGCGCGAACAACAUCCAUUUUAUGAGACAGAGUGAAAUGGGCAGAAGGUGACAUAGACGGUCCUUGUGUUGACUUCUUGCCAAAGACAGCUACUGUGGUGGUGGCCGCAUACCCGAACUGUGUUGUAAUCUAGCCUUUUUUGUAAAAAAAUGAAAUAAAUAAAAAAUGCCUAAAAAAUUAAUAAAAGCAAAACCGAAAAAAAAAAAAUUCGACCUGGGAAAAAAAAUAAGCGGUCUUGCGGUUGAACUUACAAAAAAUUGCAACUUUUUAAUUUUUUGUUUUUUUUUAUUUUUAUUUUUUAACCAAUAAAGUUGGCCUUCAUCACACGUGUCAGAAAUGAAAAGAAGGUAUUUUGCAGUAGCGUGGGAUAUAUUUUUUUCCCCCCUCCUGAGGAAUUCGAAUGAGGAGUGUUGAAAACGUGACGUCGACAGGUACUCGCUUUAGAUUGCGAAAUCACAAAAAUAUGGAUAUCUGUGCGGAAAGUUUGUAUUAUCAUCUCAACUCCGGAGCAGGGAUCAGCGCACCUUCGCAGAAGUGGACAAAAAAUAAAAAAUCUCUCUUCAACGCUGACUUUUUUGAGAACUGAAAUUUGCCUUGAUUUUAACCAAAACUGUUCAUAUCAUUUCCUUUGUGUCAUGAGACAGUAUGCGGGAGAAUGGAUUCAUGGAUUCUCUGUCCCCGAUGUGUUGCUUGUGUUACAUUUCAAAUACGGUUGAUAGUAUUUUCCCUAUCCCCCCAACAGGUUUGGAUGAGACUUGAGGCGGCUCAACUUUUUGUGUUUAAAUUUUUUCAAAAAAAUAACUAAAACGGGCAAAGGGACCCAGCGAUAUCUAAAAUUUUUAUGCCUCUAAAGGACACUUUCACUUGGGGCGCAAAGUUUUUUUUUUUUUUGAGGGGGAGAGGGGGGCUCCCGGUGUAGAUGUAGCUACAGGACAAUGAUCUUGACAUAACCUAAUGGUUUUCUUUAGAUGGUGUCUAUUUUUUAUUUUCAUUUUUUUAUUUUUAUGGUUUAUGUUGAAGUGUGCUCGUAGCUGAGGCAGCAAUUUUGUGAUCUAGGAACCGGGGACAUUAACCCUUUUGACUAGUAAAAAAAAAAAAUGUCUGCCAGCACUUACAUAUUUGAAGGCGUUCUCGGCCGUACCUUCUUAAAGGUGCAUCAUCUCCUCCAUCAGUCGUUGAAUGUGUAACGUACAUUUCAUUUCACAACCAUCCAGACUGUUCUUCCCUGCUGUUCUGCUAGGACUUUCUUGGACCUUGGCCAAGCAAAAUGCAAUUCUAUUCGCGGGGUUGUGAUUAUUUUUUAAGUUAUAUAUGUUUUUUAUUUUUUUUUAUUUAACUGACAGCUGUUAAGUUGGAAACGGAUGUGUCAAGAUUACUGGUUGAUUCAGACUCCUUUCUAACGGAGUAGCUUUCACGAAUAUGUAUUGUAUUCUCUAAUCGGUGCCCACUGAUCUCCUCCAAUACCAAGAGUCAGAACGGAUCACGUGAUCGACAGCUUUGUUUGGUCAUGGGGACCAUUGGUGACUACCAAGAAGCAUCAUAUAUUAAAUGGCUAAUAUUUUUGAAAACUGUAUCUUCUACCCCUUAGAUUUCAACCAAAAAUUUGAUUGGAUUCCAAAAGCAGGAAGAAGAAAAAUCUUCCCUGUGGGAAAUGUGUUCCUCUUCUUUCCUCUGCCGAGAUUCAACCUCAUUUUUGGUAAAAUCAGCCAGAGCUACCUUCUUCCAAAAACAGCGCCACACCAGUUCACAGGCAGUGUGCAGUAUUGCACCUAAGUACCCAUUCACUUCAAUGGAGAGGAGAUGCAAUACCAGACAUAAUCCAUGGACAGGUGUGGGGCAGUUUCUAGAAGAAAGGAGCCCCGAAUCAGGAAUCUCGGCAAUGUAAUUAGAGCCAUAGAUUAGCCGUCAUUGAAAUGUUGCAAAAGUCACCCUUAAAGGGCAGCUCCACUUACAUAAAAAAUUCCUCUACUUGUCUAUAUCCACAUUCUUGCUCAUAAGAAACGAUUAUCACAGUUAAGUAUGUUUCCCUGAGUUUGUCAAGACACCGGCAAAUGAGCUUAAAAAAGAAAGCCAGUCAUGUGGUCUGAUCAGAUGUCAUGUGGUCUUUAGCUCCACCCCUAAGGACCACAUGACAUCAGUGCUCCAUCCUAGGACUUGAUGGGAGUGAAUUCUGACGUAGAAUGAAACGUAUUUUAUUUUUGAAACUUUUUUCUUUUUAUUUUGGAUUAUUUACCGCAUCCUCUGUGUUAAUUUCAAUCAUUUCUGGAGUUGCCCUUUAAGGUACUGACAGCAACUGCUUUACUAAAGCUGCUGAAGUAUUUGCUGCCCUUCCGUCAAGUUAGAGAAGGAAGUGACAUAUAAGGGUCUGGGGGUAUUCAUGUAGGUCCGAGGAUCCGCUUCCUGCCCUUGUUCUACUAUACAGUAUUUGUCAGCUUUCUAUUUCCCCGAAUGUGAACUUGAGCCUGUGGUCAAUAAUCGACCGAGAGGAAAAAAAAAAGCCUUCACCGCCUUAAUCGGUCACUUCCCUCCCUUUACUUCUAGAAUUACUGCAUUAAAGCCAUGGGGUUUCUUCAAGGCCGGGAGCACUGAGCACAAGGCUUAUGCUCUGAUUUAUUGAGGUUGAUGGUAGAUAAGGAGCGUUUGAUGUGGCCACCAAAUUAGCAGCUGGAUCCAGUUACAAAGGAGUCUGAGCUUCCUGGAAAAAACAUCUCCAUGGGAUGGUGACUGUGUAGAUAGAAGUGUUUACCGGUUAUCCCUUUACUGGUUAUUCUGUGUCUUGUAAAAAAGAAAGAAAAAAAAGAAAAAACUUAGAGAUGUUAUUUUGUAACAAAAAAGUGAAAAAUACAAUAAAAAUAUUAUAGUGA